AUGGACGACGCCGACGAUUCUUUUGCGUUCACAACGGUACCCUUUGGCGCACAGACGCCCAGGAACACCAGAAAUGGAGUGACCACCUCAUCCUCAACUGCCCGUCCGUCUACAACAGCGACAGCAAUGCCGGGCACCUCCAGGCAGACACUGCCCGCUGUGCAGAGUAGUAGCACACAUGUACACAAUGGCACGUCACGCCUCACGCCUUGGCAACAGCACGAAGAGAGGCCCGUUGGUCCCUCCUCGUCUGCCUCCCAGGCUGUCCAAGCUCUCUCGACCCGCAAACGGCAGUCGCUCGAUAGACGGGCACGGAGGAGUAGUGCCUAUGCACUUCCCUCUCCGCUCGAGCCGCCAGCCAUGCCUGUCGUGCCUACGCCUCGGCCACCUAAGCCCGCAGAGCAGCGCGGCUACAUUGCAAAGACCGUCAAAGAAUCGCCUCAUACGGCUCACCUUGCCGACGGCAGGUUGUAUGAGCACAUAGAUCCGAGAUUACCACAAGACGAACGCGCGCAGAUCUUGCUCACCUGGCUUGUCACACGCUUCAAGGAUCGAGCCUUGCUCGCCGCCGACCUCAGCGCAAGCACCAGUGAGGCCUCCACCAACGAGAUGGCUCUUCGCAUCAUACAGGCCGUUCAUCAUGAUGUCACGUCGCGCCUCGUCGAUCUUUCGCCUGCCAGGCUACCAGUACUGCAAGUUCAAGAAAGGCAAGAAGCGCUUGACAGGCGUGGAGCGCCAAGUCAGCGCAACCUCACGAACAAAGCUAAGAAGAUAACUUUGCAAGAACAGCAAGCACGCUUCCAAGCCGAGAGUCUUGCGCGGAUAGCUAAGUUUAAGAGCUAUGGCGUUCUCAAGUCAUCUGCCGACGCCUAUAUCUCUGCAGCCGACCGCUUGACGGCCGAACUUACUUCCGUCGAUAUCUCUUGCCCUCUGCCACUGCUGGCUGGCUCGUCCGAUGAGAUGAGUUUGCAAGUGGAUGCAUGGAAACGUAGAGCUGGCGCAUUGCCAAGCUCAAGUCCAUCUGCUGCCCAACGCCUGGGCAUCGACAUGGACCUCAUUCGCAAUGACAUCGCCCACGCCAGAGUGCUCAGCCAUCGCAUAGAGCAAUGCGUCGACCUGGCGAGCAAGUAUAUCGAGGCGCGGCAGGCUCAGAAUUACCGACACCUCCGACACCUCAAUGGCCUGGCCGAUGCGGCCAUAAGUCGCCAGCAUGAUGCAGACACAGGCGACGCUUUCAUGACAGGCAUCAGUGACCUUGCCCCACCGGCGGACGGCACGACUUUAGCUGAAGACCCCGUUCAUCUUCUUGAAGCAGUCUCACAGGGUGUAUGA